UAGCACUUAGCACUGGUGACAUAGGGGGAGGGGGGUAUCAAAAUGUCGAAUUUUCGCGUUACGUAAUUUAUGGAUGCCGCCUUAUUCAAUAAAUUCACGUUACAGUAAAAUACUUAGUUUACAUUGUUUUCGAAACCGAUCUGUAAAAUUUGAUCCCCUACUUCCAUUACGUCCCUGUGGGCUUCUAGUGCUUUGAAGUGAUCAGUUAGCCGAGAAUGCACCUGUACAGAGAACAGCACCGCCAGUAUGAACCCGUACACCAGUGGAACUCGGUGGACGUGCUGACAGACAGCGGACUCUUCCAGCACGGCGAAGUGAUCAACGUGGCGGAGAACGGGCUGAUCGUGGAUUUCCACUGCAGCGGACAGCGCGCGCAAUUCGUCAGCUUCGACAAGAUCUUUGACUCUUCCGAGGCCCCGUGUUCCGCGCCGUACGAAGACUGGCAUCGCGAACUGCAGUGGAAUCCCGCCCUGACGGAGAAUGCCAGUGUGCAGGUGCUGUGCCGUCCGCACCCGGGGGCCGCCUGGUUGUGGUACCCAGCACGUCUCCUGCAGCGUGCCUUUUUCUUCCCCUUCGAUAACAUCGGGAUGGUGUGGGCCGCCGUCGAUGCGGGCGAUCGACCGCUGACGGAACUGCUCCCUGCGGAUCAGGUGCGUUCCCCGCCAUCCGAACCAAUGAUGACCCUGCCGUCGGGCAGCUUUAUCGUGCGAGUAUGCCGUUUACCGGUUGAUUUCUGGGCGACCACGACUUUUCUGGCAGCGGACCAUUUCCAUCAACAGCUGGAGGGGCAGAAAGUGGGCGUUCGGGUGCUAGUCAUUCUGCGUGAAUCUCUGCGGUAUCUGCAGCGCACUGACGACAAACCGAUGACCGAUGAGGAAGUGCGCAACAUAUACGAGUCGAGCAAGGAAAAAUUCUCCGAGCAGCAGGACACUGGGGCACAGAAUAGUCCUGGACUGUUGCAGCCAGCUGUACUGGAAACGAGUCGCAAGCGCAAACAUCCUGACGACCCAGCCCAACCGGAAGUAGAAUGGGUGUUGCCAACAGCACCCCAUCUCUUGUGCGAGAUCUUCCACUCACUGGACAGCAUCAGCCGCGUGAAGCUGCGCCGUGUGUGUACACUGUGGAACGCCCUGCUAACCGGCGCCGACAGCGGACGGGUGGUGCGCAUUACGUUUGCGCUGAAACCGUUCUUCCCGCUGGAUAAUUACUUCCGAGUGCUGGGCGCCGUCGCUGGGUUGUUAAAGUGCACCACGGCAUCCACGGACCGCAUCAUCAUCGAGCAUAUGGUGGCAGAGCAUGUCGAUGCUGCCCUGGUGCUGCUUAAAUCCUUGCUCAAGAACCUCCGACUGAAGCAGCUGAUAUUCCAUCAUGUGGAGAUGGACUGGGAUGACACCUUUGAGCACGAGUACACCGACAGCGGUAUCCUGGCCGUUCCGGUCGAGGAGUUUGUCGGGCGGGGUAAGAAGUGCGUCCGGCGUCUGGCCAAGGUACUGAGGAACUGGGCGUCGUGUUGCGAUGAGCUGCACCUCCAUCGGUGUGUGUUCACGUGUAUCGAAGGCAAAAUGACCGCGAGUAUUCCGGAUGCGAGGAUUAAAUUGGAUGCAGCGGAUAUUGAAGCGCAGUUCUGGGAGCUCUAUGACGCGAAUUUGUCCCGCGACGGAAUCAACCUAGAAGAGGCGGCGGAGUGGAUACGUACCGGAUCGGAGGCGCUUCGCACGAUGGUGGCGCGGUAUCUGGUGGAUUGGCAAAGCCACGAUCCGCGAUCGACGACGCAGUAUCGCGAUCGUGAGUGGACGGUGGAUAAUCUGCAAGAUCUGGAUGUGUCCAGGCUGACCACCAUCACGCUGCAUGCUUUGAAGGAACGCCUUCCGGAGGAUAUGGACGAAAUGAAAAACUUGGAUUGAUGGAAAAUGUGUCGGCGUUUGCUAAGAUGUGCAAGCAGUUACAGAUGCCUGACCUCUCCAAUGGAAUUUUCCCACUGUUACUUGACUGUGCCGUUGAAUGAGGUCGAUUAAUUUGUUUUGCCUCUGCCGUUAUCAUUGGUUUCUCGCAUUUCCGAUCAGCAGCAGUUUGAUUUCGAACACGUUCAGUUUCCGAGCUGUUUUUAAUAAAGAAUCUUCUUUAGCAUUAACGCACUUGA